AUGAGCACACGGUACCGCGUCAGUGUACGCAGAGAUGAGUUUAUAGAAUGGAUCAAGAACCUGCUUAUGACGCCCUUUGUCCUGCAUGCUCAUCUUCAACCGGCUGCAGAGAUCCGACUCAAAGAGGCACGGCAGUAUCAGCGCUCGCUCGCUAUUGCGGAUGCACGCCGGCGGUAUGCAGAAAUAUGGUUCGAUAUUGAAGCCCUUAUUCAAGAUCACAGGCGGCACAUGGAGCAUGGCGAUACACAGCCCUCAAAGCUCAAAGUACUCGUACCAUCGAUUGGCGAGUUCUUUACAGACUUGCCUCUGCGAGAUGCCUUUUUGAUUGUUGAUCAGAAGCGCUUCAUCUCGUCGAGGCGCUUUGUUGCCCCAUCCUUCAAUGACAUUCGGCAUGUCUUGUCGGUUGCGCAACUCUUGGCGCAUGCUCGGUCGAAUGACCUCAAGCUCAUCACGUUCGAUGGUGAUUUGACGCUCUAUGAGCACGGUCAAGGUAUCGAGCCAGACUCUGAAAUCUUGCCUUUGCUACUUGACUUGCUCAAGCGAGACAUUCGUGUUGUCAUCUUGACUGCAGCAGGCUACCCAGACAAGUCCGGUCAGCGAUACAAAGAGCGCUUCCAUGGCUUACUGGAUGGUAUACGGGACUCGCAAGAGUUGACCGAUGCCCAAAGGCAGUCGUUCGCUGUGCUAGGUGGAGAGUGCAACUAUCUCUUCAAGUACUGCGAAGCAGGCCUGCAGCAUGUGGCAGACGAAGAGUGGAUGUUGGAUGAAAUGAAGGUUUGGCGAGAUGAAGACAUCACAAAGCUUCUCAACCUCGCUGAAUCCGUCUUGCGCGAAUGUAUUGACAUCAUGUCGCUACCGGCACAAAUCAUUCGCAAGCAACGGUCGGUAGGGCUCGUUCCUACAGCAGGCAGACUUACGCGGGAAACGCUCGAAGAAGUGGUCCUGGCUGUGCAACGUACGCUUCAAUCCCAAAACAAGGCAAAUAUACCCUUCUGUGCCUUCAAUGACUGUGAUGUCUGGGUCGAUAUUGGCGACAAGGCACUCGGUGCGCGAUGCCUGCAAAAGUACUUUGGUGGGAUAUUGCCCAGGCAGACUCUACAUUGUGGCGACCAGUACAAUUCUUCAGGCAAUGACAUUCGCACGCGGACAGUGGCGACGGGGAUGUGGGUGGGCGGUGUUGAUGAUACAGUAAAUUGGCUUGGUAUGUUCAGGGAGAUGAGCAAACAUGAUGGCGCAUACUUUAGCCACAGAGGGACGUAUAGAUAG